GGGGGGGGGGGGGGGGGGAGGGAGACGGACGCAUUGCGAUGGCGGACUCGGCGGCGACGGCCGGGGACGGGAAGGUGGAGAAGGCGGCGAACGGUGGGGUGGGCGCGGGGUGCGACGCGGCGGGGGAGGGGAAAAAGAGGGCGGACCAGGCGGUGGCGUUCCACGAGCUGUUCACGUUCGCGGACAGGUGGGACCUGGUGCUCAUGGCGGCGGGGAGCCUUGGCGCGCUCGCCCACGGCGCCGCCAUGCCGCUCUUCUUCCUGCUGUUCGGGGACCUCAUCAACGGCUUCGGCAAGAACCAGACCGACCUCCGCACCAUGACCGACGAGGUCUCCAAGUACGCCCUCUACUUCGUCUACCUCGGACUCGUGGUGUGCGUCUCCUCAUACGCAGAGAUCGCGUGCUGGAUGUACUCCGGGGAGCGGCAGGUGAUCGCGCUGCGGAAGGCGUACCUGGACGCCGUGCUCCGGCAGGACGUCGGGUUCUUCGACACGGACGCGCGCACGGGGGACAUCGUGUUCGGCGUCUCCACCGACACGCUGCUCGUGCAGGACGCGAUCGGGGAGAAGGUCGGCAACUUCAUCCACUACAUCGCCACCUUCCUCGCCGGGCUGGUCGUCGGGUUCGUCGCGGCGUGGCGCCUCGCGCUGCUCAGCGUGGCCGUCAUCCCGGCCAUCGCCUUCGCCGGUGGCCUGUACGCCUACACGCUCACCGGGCUCACCUCCAAGAGCAGGGAGUCCUACGCCAAUGCCGGCGUCGUCGCAGAGCAGGCAAUUGCUCAAGUUAGAACAGUUUACUCAUUUGUUGGGGAGAGCAAAGCACUAAAUUCGUACUCUGAAGCAAUUCAGAAUACCUUGAAGCUUGGCUACAAAGCUGGGAUGGCGAAAGGUCUGGGUAUUGGGUGUACAUAUGGUAUAGCAUGCAUGUCAUGGGCAUUGGUAUUCUGGUAUGCUGGUGUCUUCAUCAGGAAUGGGCAGACUGAUGGUGGCAAAGCUUUUACAGCUAUCUUCUCUGCGAUUGUUGGUGGCAUGAGUCUUGGCCAGGCAUUCUCAAAUCUUGGAGCCUUCAGCAAAGGGAAGAUUGCUGGUUACAAAUUGUUAGAGGUCAUUCGCCAGAAACCCUCCAUAGUUAAUGAUCAUAAGGAUGGGAAAUUGCUGGCAGAGGUCCAUGGAAAUAUAGAAUUCAAAGAUGUUACUUUCAGUUAUCCGUCAAGGCCUGAUGUUAUGAUCUUUCGGGACUUCUCUCUUUUCUUCCCUGCUGCGAAAACUGUUGCGGUAGUUGGAGGAAGUGGGUCUGGCAAGAGCACUGUUGUGGCUUUGAUAGAAAGAUUUUAUGAUCCUAAUGAAGGCCAGGUUUUGCUUGACAAUGUUGACAUUAAGACACUCCAGUUGAGGUGGCUGAGAGAUCAGAUUGGUCUUGUAAACCAAGAACCUGCACUUUUUGCAACAACUAUACGCGAUAAUAUACUGUAUGGAAAGCCUGAUGCUACACAUUCAGAAGUUGAGGCUGCAGCAACUGCAUCCAAUGCUCAUAGUUUUAUAUCUCUUCUUCCGAAUGGUUACAACACGAUGGUAGGGGAACGAGGAAUUCAGCUGUCUGGCGGUCAAAAACAGCGUAUUGCAAUAGCUCGUGCAAUGCUGAAGAACCCUAAGAUACUGCUCCUUGAUGAAGCUACAAGUGCUCUAGACGCAGAUUCAGAAAACAUUGUCCAAGAAGCACUAGACCGGCUAAUGACUGGAAGGACAACGGUAGUUGUUGCCCACCGUCUUUCCACUAUAAGAAAUGUUAACAUGAUCGCAGUCAUCCAGCAAGGCCAAGUUGUUGAGACUGGGACGCAUGAUGAACUUCUAGCAAAAGGGAGCUCCGGAGCAUAUGCAUCCCUGAUUCGUUUCCAAGAAAUGGCACAAAACAGGGAUCUUGGUGGUGCAUCUACCCGCAGGUCACGCUCGAUGCACCUGACCAGUUCACUUUCCACAAAAUCUCUCAGCCUCAGGUCUGGUAGUCUAAGGAAUCUGAGCUAUCAGUACAGUACUGGGGCAGAUGGCCGCAUUGAGAUGAUUUCGAAUGCAGAUAAUGACCGUAAAUACCCAGCACCACGAGGUUACUUCUUCAAGCUCCUGAAACUGAAUGCUCCUGAAUGGCCUUAUGCAGUGUUGGGUGCCGUUGGUUCUGUGCUAUCUGGAUUCAUUGGUCCAACAUUCGCCAUUGUUAUGGGAGAAAUGCUUGAUGUGUUCUACUACAGGGACCCCAAUGAAAUGGAAAAGAAAACUAAGUUGUAUGUUUUCAUCUAUAUUGGCACCGGCCUAUAUGCGGUUGUUGCUUAUCUUGUACAGCAUUACUUCUUCAGCAUCAUGGGAGAAAAUCUUACAACCAGGGUUAGGAGGAUGAUGCUUUCUGCAAUACUUAGGAAUGAAGUUGGUUGGUUCGAUGAAGAAGAGAACAACUCAAGUCUUGUGGCUGCUCGUCUAGCUGUUGAUGCAGCUGAUGUAAAGUCUGCAAUAGCCGAGAGGAUAUCAGUGAUUCUGCAGAACAUGACCUCCCUUAUGACAUCGUUCAUUGUUGGAUUUAUCAUCGAGUGGAGGGUAGCGCUGCUUAUUCUGGCCACUUUCCCUCUUCUUGUGCUUGCUAACUUUGCCCAGCAACUUUCGAUGAAGGGCUUCGCUGGUGACACAGCAAAGGCACAUGCCAAGAGCAGCAUGGUUGCCGGUGAAGGAGUGAGCAAUAUUCGCACUGUGGCAGCAUUCAACGCUCAAAACAAGAUCCUUUCUCUGUUCAGUCAUGAACUACGUAUACCCGAGCAGCAGAUCCUCCAUCGCAGCCAGAUCUCAGGCCUUCUGUUUGGCCUCUCACAGCUCUGCUUGUACUCGUCAGAAGCGCUCAUUCUAUGGUAUGGCUCUCAUCUGGUCCGGUCUCACGGAUCCACCUUCUCCAAGGUCAUCAAGGUCUUUGUUGUCCUUGUUGUGACUGCCAACUCCGUUGCCGAGACAGUCAGCCUCGCCCCGGAGAUCGUCCGUGGCGGCGAGUCUAUCCGCUCCAUCUUUGGUAUCCUCAACAGGGCGACAAAAAUCGAACCUGAUGAUCCAGAGACAGAGCGACUCACAGCAAUCUCUGGGGACAUUGAGCUUCGACAUGUUGACUUUGCCUAUCCGGCUCGCCCUGACAUCCAAAUCUUCAAGGACUUCAACCUGAAAAUUAAAGCUGGGCGCAGCCAAGCUCUAGUUGGAGCCAGUGGGUCUGGUAAGAGCACAGUCAUUGCUCUCAUCGAACGGUUCUAUGAUCCGACUGGGGGCAAAGUCACCAUUGACGGCAAGGACAUCAGGAAGGUGAACUUGAAGUCGUUGCGGCUGAAGAUAGGGCUGGUGCAGCAGGAGCCUGUCCUUUUCGCAGCCAGCAUUCUUGAGAACAUUGCCUAUGGCAAAGACGGCGCGACGGAGGAGGAGGUGAUCGAGGCGGCGAAGACGGCCAACGUGCACGGCUUCGUCAACCAGCUGCCCAACGGCUACAAGACGGCGGUCGGCGAGCGGGGCGUGCAGCUGUCCGGCGGCCAGAAGCAGCGGAUCGCCAUUGCCAGGGCGGUGCUCAAGGACCCGGCCAUCCUGCUGCUGGACGAGGCGACGAGCGCGCUGGACGCCGAGUCGGAGUGCGUGCUGCAGGAGGCCCUGGAGCGGCUGAUGAAGGGGCGGACCACCGUGCUGGUGGCGCACCGCCUGUCGACCAUCCGAGGCGUCGACCGGAUCGCCGUCGUGCAGGACGGGCGGAUCGUCGAGCACGGCAGCCACUCCGAGCUCGUGUCGCGGCCGGAGGGGGCGUACACGCGGCUGCUGCAGCUGCAGCACAACCAUGCCUGAUGGUGCUUUUGCUCUCGUGACUGGAAUAGUUACAUCUUUCACUUCUUCGUCUUCCUGUGCUUGGUGGUUAAGUGGUUGUCGAUAACUAGGACAAACUUCUAUGGUCGUUGUGCUAUGAUGCUAUCUAGUAUCUACCUAAGUUUAAACUACAAUCAAGGUGUAUUUAGCUCUGAAAACGUGUGAUGCAUGCAAUAUUGAAAUGCAAAUCCUCCUUACGCGAUCUGUUCGU